AUGACAACACACGUCGCCAACCCCCGCGGCAGAACGUCAACAAGCUUUCUCGACUUACCUGGAGAGUUGCGCAAUACUGUCUAUCAGCACUUCAUCGACGAUCUUAAGGACCAGCCGGAUUCACUACCACCAGGCUCUACUUUGAGUCAAAGGCGCAGGCUCAUUCAAUUUGGAUGGUCGGAUGGCCAUGCUUUAAAUCUGGCCUCCAUACACAGACAGAUACAUGCUGAGUUUAUGACCUUAUAUCUACACCAGGUGUACCACGGCGGAAGUCGGCUUGUGUUCAAUGAUGUCGACUACUUCCUCGACUUAUUCUUCGGUCAAAGUCUCCACUCAGGUCUAAAGGACGUUUCAUAUCAGUUUGAGGUUCGAAUGGGCGCUGCCGGGGACUAUCUAGAGGCUGAUUGGUCGCUCGACUUGCUGAAAGUUGUCUCGAUCAUGCGUCAUCACCCGUUGAUCAGCAUUGCAUGGAAUCUGGUGGACAGCUUUAGGGAAGCGACAUUCGACGAUUCAGGGGUCGUUUACGCCGUGUCAGCCCUGAAGGACAUGGAUGUCCAACUAUUCGGGAACUUGAAUUCCGUCAUGCUCUACUUGAACAAAUCUAUCCCACCAAACCAUUUCGGUAGGACCGAAAUAGAGGCUGAAAUGCCUUGUAUGCUGAAGAAAGUUCUCACCGGACCCUCCUACACAGUUUCAUCCGUGGGGCAAAGCUCCGAGACGAACAAGCCCCUGCCGCGCAACACCGCUAUGGCAGUCAACAGCAGAGACAACGGUGGCGGAAAGUCGUUUCUGGACCUUUCCGGAGAGCUCCGCAAUGCCGUCUACAAUCACUUCAUUGAACUCGAUCCUACGGUCGGCGAAGCUACCACACUAGCGCAUUCUAGCCAGCAGAUUCGUGCUGAGUUUGGCUCGCUAUGUCUGGCAUUAGGGAACUUCGCGAUUCCCGAGGAGCAUGUCGACAGCUUCCUGGACGUCUUCUUUCCCCAUGGCUUCGAGUGUAGACGGCAAUAUGUUCAUCUCCGCUUCGACCUGUCGUUGAAUCCAUCCGACUCGCCAGACUGGUCCAUCGAUCUACUCAAAUUGGUCUCGAUAAUGCACCACAACUACGGGCUUCUACUCAAGAUCUCAUGGUUCAAAGAUAUUACCACGGCUAUUUCUGUCUUGAAAAAUAUGGAUGUUCAGAAGUUGGAAAAAGUACGAUCUGUUGCGUUCGAGAUGUGCGGAUUGCCCUUGGACCACCCGAUGAGCUUUCUACCACGCUUAGGCGCUUUCCUUUUCGUUACAAUGAAGGCUUUCGCCACAGAAGAAGAAUUCCAUGGGCUGGGACUCGACCACUUAGACGGAUUUAUCAAUGUGCGUUCUACUUGGGAGUAUUUUCCAUUCGAGGAUACAGAGACUUCAGAAAACGAGGAUGGUGACAAAGAUGGUGACGAAGAUGGCUCAGAUGAUGAGGAAGAGACUUCAGAUGAUGGAAAUGAUGAUGAGGAUGGCGGUGAAGACACUCAAGAAACCUGCGAAGACGCUGUAGAAAAGCUGCGCAACACCUUCUACCACCACUUCAUCGAUCUCUGGCCAUCAACCAGCGAUGCUGCCAACCUAGCCUGCGUCAAUCAGCAAGUCCACGCUGAGUUCACGACGCUGUAUUUGAGCCGGUUCUACCAAGGCGCAACCGGGGUUCCAUUCGAGCAUGUUCCGUUCUUUCUACACUUCUUCUUCGCUCAGUACCCUGACGCGGUUCCUAAGAAUGUACUCUACAAGUUCAACGUGGGACUCGGAAGUCCAACGCCCAAAAGCAUUGAUCUUGAUGCUUCUCCAUGCUGGUCACUGGAUCUGCUCAAGGUCGUGUCGGUCAUGCGCGAAUACCCUUUGAUCGAAGUGGUCUGGGACCUGGGCGCGGGUAUGGGUCGCUACUCCGCUGUCUCGUUCGAUGACAAAGACAUUGCCUACGCCGUUACCAAUCUGAGAUGUCUGGAUGCCCAACAUUAUAACCAGCUGUCUUCCGUCAGACUCACUUUAUCUGAGUCGCCUAGGGAAUUGCACAGCUUCCAGCCAUUCCAGGUCGGCACUACCCUCGCCUUGGACGCUAGGCUUUGGAUCGAGUUGAAAAAUGGCGUGACAGAAUUUUGUUUUGAGGAUAUCGAUACCAAUUGCGGAGGCAUCAAUGUAGGAUUUGGGUCGGAGAACAGUAUGGACAGUGAUGAACAGAGUUCAGAUGGCGAGGAAGACGAUCUAGUUGACGGUCAUGAAGACUCAGAGGGCGAAGAUCAGGUCCUUCCAGACUUAGGAGACUUGAUCAUAUUUUGA